AUGAACCCACUCCUGAUCCUUGCCUUUGUGGGAGCGGCUGUCGCUUUCCCCGUUGACGACGAUGACAAGAUCGUUGGGGGCUUCACCUGUGAGGAGAAUUCCGUCCCCUACCAGGUGUCCCUGAACUCCGGCUACCACUUCUGCGGGGGCUCCCUCAUCAAUGACCAGUGGGUGGUGUCGGCGGCUCACUGCUACAAGUACCGCAUCCAGGUGAGACUGGGAGAGCACAACAUCGAAGUCGAGGAGGGGGGUGAGCAGUUCAUCGACUCGGCCAAGGUCAUCCGCCACCCCAGGUACAACAGCUGGACCCUGGACAAUGACAUCUUGCUGAUCAAGCUCUCCUCGCCUGCCACCAUCAGUAGCCGGGUGGCCACCAUCUCUCUGCCCAGCUCCUGUGCACCUGCUGGCACCCAGUGCCUCAUCACUGGCUGGGGCAACACCCUGAGCUCUGGUGUCAAGUACCCAGACCUGCUGCAGUGCCUGUACGCCCCGCUGCUGAGUCAGGCCGACUGUGAAGCCUCCUACCCUGGCGAGAUCACCAGCAACAUGAUCUGCGCCGGCUUCCUUGAGGGAGGCAAAGAUUCCUGCCAGGGUGACUCCGGUGGCCCCGUGGUCUGCAAUGGAGAGCUCCAAGGCGUUGUCUCCUGGGGCUACGGCUGUGCCCAGAAGAACAAGCCUGGAGUCUACACCAAGGUCUGCAACUACGUGGACUGGAUUCAGCAGACCAUUGCUGCCAACUAA